CGUGCCUUUGCUAGGAUGCACCGAGCUUCUGGUGAAGGGGAUUUGCACAGCAAUGCUGAAGAAAAUUGGAGAGAAAAAAUGGAAGGUGAAACAAAUAUGACAGGCACAAAAGAUGACAGUGAAAAUAGUGUUUUGCUAUUUUCAGAUGAAGAUGACGGGAUUGAGCAGUUGCUACAAGAUAUUAGCAAGAAGACAAUGAAAGUAGUUGCUGAGCAAGUGGACUCGCCCAUCUCGACACACAGCUCAGAAGGAGAUCAUAUUCCUGAUACUAUUCAAGACAAAUGUCAGCAGAAAGUGUUGAAUUAUCAACCUGUGUGCACUAAUCCAUUUCCUCCUCCUGGCGAUAUUGGAAGAAAUAUGGUAGAGUUAUCAGAGCGGGAAAGCACAGAUUCGGAGAGCAGUUUAUUUAAAACACAGCAUCCCGUUGUACCACUAGGACAGGCGAGAAGGCGGGGCACCGGAAAAUGUCCAUCCAGAUCAGCCAGAGAUCAAACUGCAGAAAAUACCGACAGCUCGACUGACUCAGAUGACAUUCCAUACCGUCCAAAUUAUGUGAUGGUUGGUCAAGUAAGGAAAUGGCGACGACACAAGAAAUACAAAAACAAAUCUGUUUAUAAGAGGACUGGGCGUCCAGUAGGAAGGCCUCGAUCAUCCAUAACCAAGGCUGAGAAGAAGAGGAGAUUGAAGGAACGAGGGCUGCAGUUUCCAUUUGUGCAGAAGGAAUACGGAAGGAAGCAUUUACCGUUUAAGAUGAUUUUUGCCUAUGAGCAAGCAGCUCUGUGUGGAUUAUUUACUUACAUGAAGGAGCUAAAAUGUCAAAAGCACCUCAUAAAGUCCUUAGAAAAAAUAAAUGUAGACUGUCCAGACAGAGAGUGUGGUCCAAUAAGGCAAUGCAAGUACCUGGAUGAGAAAAGACCAGUUUCACCGAUACAAGAAAGCAGUGAUGAAACCUGCAUUGAAGACUUUGAUAAUGAAAACACGUUCGGUGUAAAAGUUGUGCUCAUUACAAAACCUGCUACUCAUUUCCCAUCCCACAUUGUGUUUACUCAUCAUCCUUGUCCUCAAUGAACUGCAUUGGUUUCCAUUCCCCAACGUUUAAAACUCUCAUGUUUGUAUUUAUAUUCUUUCUUGGCUACUUCUGGAACCUCCUCUAGCAUUAUGAUUUUCCACUUUACUUUGGAUAACAGGGGGAAGGAAAGCAACAGACAGAGGAGAAUGAGAAAAAUUGUUCUUGAAAUAUUUUUGAUUUAACAGCCUAGUGUAAUUCUCAAAGCACUGGGACAGUGAAAACUAGCAAAUAAAGGUAGCACCCUAUCUAUCAUAGUUUCAAAAUAAGGUUCAAAUGUUCAUAGAUUUCUGUCUGUUUGAACUGGCUAUCCCUUGAAUUGUCUGGGUGUAAUUUUCCUAUUUUCAGUUCAAGUGUUUAUAAGAGCGAGACUUAUGGCUCCCAGAUUACCAUGGGUAAGAACAAAGUUUCUCACGGAAUCUUCAGCUCUUCACAUCAUUAAUAAUCCUGGGUGCCUGUUUCAUGAAUCUCUCAGCAGGAGGGGAAAGUGCUCACCAGCGUCCACACCUUCUGGCUUUCAUGCCGCUGAUGACAUGAUUAAAGCCCAACUGCACACCACUUCAGACGCUGCAAACCAGAAAAUGCCCCCCACGUUGUGGUGCCCAACCAUUAACCCUGAGGACGUGGCCCAGAGGAAGUGAAAGCUCACCCCCAACGUCACUGACAACCUGGCGGUUUCAGUGAUGAGGUAGUGGAGAGGAGGGCAGUCAUUUUUUUCUGUACACUGCCACAGUAUACCAAGCCACCAAGCCAAGCCAGCCUGAGGUCACAUUGCAGCCUGGGUCAGUGCUGUUUUCUAAGUGAAGCAGGUCUUCUAACAGAGCAGCAAGAGGGUUAGUUGCCUUCUGUGCUCCACAUCUCUCUGCUAGCUCUCACUCACAUCUCACCAGUGCUCAUGGUCUACAACUCUCAUUGCAUGCAUCAUACCCACUCAAUGGCUCUUGCCCACCUCAGCCUUCCAAACUAAUAAUCCUUUCUGUACUCUGUGUCUCCUGCUUACCACCUUGCCUGCUCCUACAUCACCUGUAACUGCUCUACCAUCCACUCCCAUCGUACUCAAUCCCCCCUUCAUCUCACUACAGGAAAGUUGAGCCCACCGUCCGGAACUGAUAGCACCACAGCACCCUAACCAACCUGCCUGGUAUCCCAUGACUGGUUGUACUUGAUCUGCAGCAGUGAUUGCAGCCCAAUUCCCAGUCAGAUUCCAACACUCUAGCUGGGGUAAGUGCCUGACUGACUGUGGGCAACAGUAUGAACUGGAAUGUGAUGUGCCCCUUGACUGACUGACUGGCACUCCUUGACUGACCUGAGUCCCCUUUUGCCUUACCAUAGACUCCUCCACUUUGACUUUCACACUUGGUCAUUUACUCAAAGCACAUGCAGUAUGUUUACCACACGUGCUUCAGGUGUGACGUUGACAUGGCACAGUGCUACAGGCCAUACAUCCAUCCCCUUAACUGUUCAGUACUCCUCACCUUGACAAACUGCCUGCCUUUCCUUCUGCACUGAAAAGCAAUGCAAACCACAGAGGGUGGCAACCUGUAAUUGAGCAUUGAAGACCCUGUGUGCUCAGGAAGCAAUGUUACGAAACAGAGACUGGCAGCCUGUAAGUCAGUGACUGUUUGCUAAGAAAGCAAUAUAGUUAGAGGCUGGUAGCCUCCAAAUUAGUACAAAGUGAGUGCCAUGAAAGUAAGCCAUGAGCCACAAGAUGCAUCCUGUGUAGAUACACGAGAUGUGUGUGUUUCUCUGUGUGCAAAGCAACCUGCAAAUCACUGGUGUUGAAGGGCUAAAAUGGUGUCUGAGAGCUGGCUUAGUUUUGUAGUAAGGUUGGUACGUUGCUGCUGCCAUUGAGAAAGGGUUGAUGAGAAUGGUGGCCAUGCAGCAAGCAGCAACAUAGUUGUGAAAAAGCUGGCUGGGACAAGCAUUCAGAGAGAUACUGUAGCUGACAAGUACCUGCUGUGAUUUACACGUCAAUAAGUUGUGCUCCCCAGCUUAUCAGGGAAGGAGGAGAGAAUUUGGAAGUGGCAUAUAAAUAGAGCAAGUUGGUGUUUAAUGGGAUUCAAAUAUGUGGAAGUAACAUAGUCACUGCUGAAUGGUGAGAUUCUGAAGUUGCCAUUUAAGGUUUGAAAGGAAAGUCAGGAGAAAUGUUGAUGCUGAGAUUCUGAUUUUUCUGUGUAUUUUCUCACCAUUGCUAACACCACACAGGGGCUGAGGGAUGAAUUCUGCCUAAUAUCUUAUAUUUUUCUUUCCCUUUUCUUGUUGACUUACUACCAUAUUGAUUUAUUUUGCUGUACAUUCCUACACUGUACAGGAGUAUGUAGGUCAACACCAUCUUUUCAAGAGCAAUUAGGGAUGGGCAGCCAAUGCUGGCCCAGCCAGCUAUGCCCAUAUCCCAUGAAUGAAUAAAGAAGUGGCUGAUUCUUAGUCAAAUGGUUCCUGGCAGCAUAAAAAGGUUCUCCUAAGAAUGAGCAAGAGGCUGUCACUUACAAUACCUUCUAAAUCAUUGUCUUAAACUGUAUCUUAAAAUAUACUUCUCAAAACUUAGACAGUAACGAUUCAGUUCAGGCUUGUUAUCCCAAUUCAUAAAACAUACCAAUCAAUGAAUGCAUAAUUCAGUUUAUAACCAAAACUUAACCAAAGAUGUAUUUUGCCACAUUGAAAAUAUUGACUCAAUGUUACUCCAUUUUUUCAUUAGAAAUAAAUCAGAUUGUGAACCUUUACUCAUGAAUCAUGAUUUGAACAGGCAAAACCUCUGAUUUUAUUUCAAGGAAUGUUCAGAGUUUGUUAAUAUUUAACAUUAGAUGAUUUAGAAAUAUUUGAAUGGUUGUUUUGUUACCCCAGAACUUGAGUAUUUCUGAAAAGAAACAUGCAUUUUGUCGAUGUUUUUCAUCUUGUACUCAUCAGGAGAUCUCGCAGGAAUAACAAUUCAAGGGGAAAACUAACAUUCAUCUGUUUAAGAGGAAAGUGUUGAUUCAUUGGUAUACAAACUCUGGUACAGGUUUUGCCAUGGAGAAUGCACCAGUUAUUGUGUAAUACCCUCACCAAUCAGAGCCAAUCUGCUUGGUUUAAGAUUUAAACAAAACCUGGCUGUUGCCUCUGAAUCAUCAUUAAUUAGUGCAUUCUCCACAGCAAAGCAACUACCAAACAGGAUCCAGAUGCCAACCAAUCAGCACUCUCCUCUCGUGCAGUAUAAAUAUAAAUUUCCCUUGAAUUGCUAUUCUUGUGAAUAGUCUUGAUUAAUAUAAGAUGAAAAGCUUGGAAAAGAUUUUUUUUCAAGUAUUAAAUGUUUAAAUGUACCUGCAUCAUGUACAUAGCAUUUUGGCAGUUUUGGCACUUUGUGACUUGAUUAUUAUGGUGUUCUGUAACCUAUUCGUAGCGUAUUUGGAUUCCUGAUCCACUAGUCUGAAAUUGUUGUCUAUAUCUUACUGUUCUCAGUCUCUCUAUUGCCACUCCAACACUUCAAGGCUAAUGUACGUAGACAGUAUUUGAGCUAAUUCAUUCUUUGUUCACAAUGUUUGUUUUAUUUGUAGGAUAACAGCUGUUUUGUAAUGGAAAAGUUUGGAAAAAAGAAAAAGAGCCUUAGGAAAAAAAACUCCAAAGGCAAAAAUAAAGACAAAUGUACACCUAAUGGCAAAAGUAAAGCCAUUGAGAAAAAUAAAUCGAUAACAGGCCAACAAAAUAACACAGAGUCUUCCUCUACCUGAAAAUUGUGACAGAACAAUUGGCUGUAACAACAAUAGGUAGCCCAUUGUUUAAAUCAGCCAGUCUACAAAGAAUAAGUGUAUCAUUUGAUGAACUGGAAAAUGCGAAAACACAGGCAUCUUUUAUUUUCCGAAGAAUCCCAAGAUCAGUGAACAUUCAAAAGAAUGAGACAGAAUGGAGAAGGUUAUCACAUAAAGGAAAGAAUUCUAGAGAGGUUGGAAUGUGAGUCAGUGCAUCCAAUCCCUGUCGUCAGCAUCUCUGCAAGAAAUGUUUCCUUUGAGCAGUGACCCAAUGGAACAGCUUAACAAUGGUAAAAAUUUAUUGUCAAUGUCUAAAGGAAGAUGAAUAACUGCCAAUGGGAAUGACUAUUUCAUUGACUAACCAGUUUUUUUUUUCAAAUGAACAGGUCAGCUGCUGGACUGGAAAAUUUAAUGAAUGUAUGUCAUAAUGGCACUCAAUUAAUAUUCCUGCUAAAAAUGGUUUUCACUGCAGUGUGUGCAUGUUCAUAACUGAGAAACUGAGCUCAAUAACUUACAGUUGGCUAAAAUGUCUGUAAAAAGUCAUUUUGUAUUCAUUUUGAGGACAUUCGGUUGUCAAGAAUAUACAAGUUAAAAAUUACGCAACUAAGUAUAUGGUUGUCAUGCUGUGGGCACACCUUGUGCAAAGUGAAAAAUAUACUGGCAGUCCAAACAACAACAACUGGAUAUGCUGUGCAAAUUAGAGUGGCUAAGAAGUAGUGGCACCUAAAAUAUUGUUUUAAAAAUAACCUGAUAAGCAAACAUCAAAUAUUUAUAAUCCAAAUCUGUAGAAUAUGCAAUUAAUUAUUUAAUUUAGACCUUUAUUAUUUCACCAGUAACUAUUUCAGCAAGAAAUUUAUUUUGGCAGACAUUGAAUUGAAUUGAAAAUUGGCACUGGAAAUUGAAGAUUACAUUUGCAGGAAUUGUUUUGUGUGAGCAUUGUGGUAGACAAUGCUGACUAGCAGUCUCUUAUGGAUGCACAUGAUUUGAUCUUCAGUGACACUCAUUUUUAUUUUGUUGAAUGCUACAGAGAAGCACUUAGUUUUUGUGAUAAUUAAUAAAUGGAUUAUUAAGUUGAACUUUUGAUGGUUUUAUACAUUGUAUAAAUAAUAUAGCUAAGAUUAGUCUUUUCAACCUGGAAAUGUCAUUUUUGAAUGUGGUUUUGAAGACUUAGUUGGAAGAAUGGAAAUACUUUGAUUCUGAAGACUCCACCUGAAUACUUUUAUUUUUAGCUUGAUUUUCAUUACAAUAUAUAGGUGAAAACUGCUAACAAUAUGGCUUGGAUUUAUGCUUAAAAGAUGCCACAUCAGUUCUAUUGUCGGUGUUGUUAAGAUGUUGCAUGUGUUUAUUUAAAAAUAGUGACAAUUUCUUUUGUAAAGUUUUAUGUUUACAUAGACACCAAUAAAGCAUAUACUAGAAAAAUCUCCUGCUUCAAUGUUGUCCUUUGGAUUUGCUAUGUAACUUUGUUUAUACUGAUUAGUGUAAUUUGCUUCUUUACAGAACAUUAAUAUGUAAAUUAUUCCUUGUGAUUCUGUCGGGUUCCACAACUAGACAUAAAGCAUUCCUGUGUUUAAAAUAUGUGUGAGAAAACAUGAGAAAUGAAUGGAAUCUAUCAAAUCUGUUCUUUGCCACAAACCACAUACAAUUGGCUUGAGAUGUACCUACUGUAAUUCCAUGAUAUUCAGUGCCAUGAAAGCUAUCCAACUCAUUUAAUCAUCUCAGAAAAUGUUCUGUAAAUUGAUUGAAAUUGCUGUGCACACAGCUGACACUUUUUCCAUUGCCUUUUAUGUUGAAUAUUUUCUAGAUAAAUAAAUUAUCACUUCCAGCCUGCAAUCCUCCAAUGUUCCAGCCUGCUAUUUCAAGCUGUGAAGAAAAGGCUUUCUCUCAACUUCUAUAUCAGUGGUACACUCCAUCCCAUCUUUCUUUUUUGGUCAUCAAAACCCUCUUCUGUUAUCUUCACCUCAAAGUUUUACUUUUGCAAUACUCAAGCUGAUCUUCACACAUCAACCCUGUGAGGAAUGUGUUCUGCUCUAGUGAAAAUCUCAGUAGAUCAUGCGAGGAUUUUGAUCUCUCGUGUCUCAUCUACUGAAACCUUGGAUUAUGAAGACGAGCCAGGAUUCAAGUAAAGUAAUCUGAAGAUAGAUAAGUCUCAAAGGAGCUGAAUCGUUCUUAUCCUGUUACUACUCGCCACUCUAAUGUCACAUUAUGGUUCGCUGAAUAGCCCUCAAUUGCUUUUGUGGGGAAUGGUGUUGAAGUUCAUGAUAGGAAUUUGGAAAAUCAGUUUUUACUUAUAUAGUUUGAUCAUAAUUUUUUUCCAUAAACUACCAGGUAUUCUCAAACCCAAGUCAUUGUACAGCUUAUAAGGUGAACAUUCCUAAUUUUCCAUGACAAAUAUUAACCAAGAAUUUCUAACUCAGGUGCCUUGUUGGCUUCAGAAUUGAAUAGGGAACUGAUUUUAUUGAUUUUGCAUAAGAUACUUUGUGUGCCCAGUUAAAUAACCUCCUACUCCCCACCCCCAUUCACAUAGAAUAGCAGCAUUUUGCAUUUGACACUUUUUGUUGACUUACAGAUUUUGAUUAUUUUCUAUUUCCUUUAUCUUUCCCACCCUGCCAAGACCCCAAAUUUACAGAGUUGUUGUAACUGAAUUGUUGAAAACUAUGCCAGCCUAAGCCAGAAUUGGCACACUUUCCAAUGAAUCAAGGUUGGAGGUUCAAGCCUUGCCUCAUGUCACCUACACAACACAUUCAGUGUGGUACCUGAGAGUUGUGUGCUGUCAGUGCAGCCAUUAUUAAGGCCUUGGCUGCCUAUUCAGGUAGAUGUAAAUAAUGCCAUAACAUCACUUUUAAGAUGAGUGAGGAAAUUGUCCCAUAAAUACAGAGUAACUGGUAAACAAUCUUGUUACUAUGUCACAGGCAUGCUAUUUUUCUUAUAAAAAAUGUAAUUCAAAAGAAUUUUCACAUACUACAAACAUGAAAG